AUGUUAAAAGAUUCUUCUUUACCAACUGAGUAUGCUCGAGAAUCCAGUCAAAUAUCUAUCGCUCAACAAGAAAUUGAUUUUUGUAAAGAACCUCCUGAAGUAGUAGAAUUGGUAAAAGAUCUUAUUCUUAAAUAUGCCGAGUAUAAUCCACAAGCAAGAAAUAUUAAUAAUAUUAGUUGUAAUAGUCAUAGAAGAACUUGGAACAACAUUCCAAAAUCAUCUAAAAUUGCUAAGGAAAGGUGGGCAGCUAUUAAGAGAGAUCAUAAACAUGAAUAUCAAUUUUGGCUAGAAUUAACAAAAGGUAACAAAAAGUCACCUACUGUAUUACAUUACGAUGAGAGAUUUAGAGUUAAAAUGGGUCAAAAAUCAGUUAACAUGGAAAUUCCUAAAGGAAUAGAAUUUAAAACAGAUGGACCUACAUUAUCUACCAAUAAUCAAAAGCAAGCUGAAAUAUGUAGGAUUAAUGAAGUACAAAACAUUGGUUACCUUGAUGUUGAAGCAGAUAAACAUGAAGUCUACGUUUGUCCCGCUAAUAUUAGUGAUCCUGUAGAAGACUUUAACGACACGAAUAAUAAAGGGUUUUAUUUUAACGGAAUUGGAGUCAAUAGAUAUACCCCUAUAUAUCAAGAGAGUAUUGCUCUCAAUUAUUUAUUACCUAGUUAUUUUACAAUGGUACUAUACAAUCCUUACCUAAAUUCUAUUACUCCAUCAACACUUGAUUAUUUUUCUAACGAUUUAAUUGAUCCUUUAUUAAUUAAUAAUAAUAAUAUAUUUGAUACUAGUUUAAAUAAUUUUA